CGUCGUGGCCCUGAUCAUAUCAGGCGACCCAUGAACGCUUUCAUGGUUUGGUCACGAGCGCAAAGGCGCAAGAUCGCGCUCGAAAAUCCCAAAAUGCAUAACAGCGAAAUCUCGAAACGCCUUGGAAACGAAUGGAAGGAACUGACGGAAGAGAACAAACGCCCGUUUAUCGAUGAAGCCAAGCGAUUGCGUGAGCAGCAUAUGCGGGAUCACCCCGAAUAUAAAUAUCGGCCACGCCGAAAGCCAAAGCCAGCUGGCCCCGCUGCGUCGUCCCCCAUCGGAGUCACAGCUCAAACUAUGUCCGGCCAGAUAAACGCCAGUUCACCCGGUUUCUGCAACGACAUCAACAGCGUGACAGCCAAACAACAAAACAUGAUGUCACAUAUCCAGAAUAGUCCUUACAAUCCGUUCACACUUCCCUAUAUGAACUAUAUGGGUCUACCCCAGAUGCAAAAUCAGGCGUCCUCGUCUUCUGCAUCAGCUUCACCUCAGCCCCGUACACCGGAAUCGGCCUACUCGUCGUGUGAUGAAAUGGCCAAGGAAUCUUCAGACUCACCCCCACCGUUGCCAGCUGCGCUGGCUCAGCAGGCCUUUAAGGACCAGAAAGUUGACCCUCAGCUUUACCAGCUCUAUCAGCAAAACCUAAACAUGGGCUACGGUUAUUCUUCAAUGAGUGGCAUGUACCCAUCAUAUGACUACUCGGGCUGAAGGUCACCGGUCAAAAUCGUUUCCCUGUGAAACCGACACUGCU